UCGAGAUAAGCCAACCUACUGUUUAUUUACUUCCUUGUCGUCUGUCAAUGUGAUUUCGAAAAACUGGACUGGACGGAUACUAACUGUAUAUUUUACAGCCAGUUUUGCUUUAAUUAUGUCUUCACAACAGAGAGAGAACCUGGAAUGUUGCAUUUCUCGCAUUCAAGAAUUAAUCGACGAAGAUGACCCGAGUGGAGAUGGAUUUACCCGCGAAUUUCGACUUCUUCGAGAAAUGCAGUUUGAUGGGAAAAGAGAUGAUAAAUUUCCAGCUGAGGAAGGCAAGAAAGAAUGUAAUAUAAAGAAGAACAGAUAUAAAGAUAUUUUACCCUAUGAUUAUAAGAGAGUGGUAUUAAAACAAGAUGAUGAUAAUAAUGAAGGAUCAGAUUAUAUUAAUGCCAGUUAUAUUGAGGAUGUGUAUGAAAGAGAUGGUUACAUUGCUAGCCAGGGUCCAUUACCACAUACAGUUAAUCACUUUUGGCGAAUGUUAUGGCAGUUAAAAAUAGAAAUAGUAUUUAUGGCAUGCAAAUUAGAGGAGGGGCACCCACCAAAGAAAAAGUGUGAAAAAUAUUGGGCAGAAGCAGGGGAAGUAGAAGAAUUUGGAAAUAUUUCAGUUACCUUGGUAGAGGAAGAAGAAAUAUUACCAGAUUUUUAUAGAAGACGAUUGUGUGCUAAAUGUGGGACAGAAAGUCAUUAUGUGACUCAGUUUCAUUAUACUGGCUGGCCUGAUCAUGGUGUUCCAAAUGAUGCUGCAGAUAUUAAUAAAAUGAUCCAUCACAUGAGAGCAGAAAGAAAGAAACCUGAUAUACCUUUAGUUAUUCACUGCAGUGCUGGCUGUGGAAGAACAGGGACAAUAUGUGGUAUUGACUAUGCCUGGACACUGCUUAAUCAAGGAAAAAUUGGGAAAGACUUCAGUUUGUUUGAUAUUAUUGCCAAAUUCCGAGAACAAAGACAAUCUAUGGUACAGACACCAGAUCAGUAUAAAUUAGUGCAUCUGGUGAUGAAGAAUUUGUUUGAGGAAUGGAUAAAGACAUAUGACAUAAAUAAUGAAGUUGACACAGAACAGUUAUAUUAUAAUACCAGGCCUGGCAAAUAUGAGAAUGUAGAUUUUGAAGAUGAUUAUGUAAAUACUGGAGAUUUUGAGGAUGAUUAUGUAAAUACUGGAGAUUUUGAGGAGGAUUAUUCACCAGUUGAUGUUGGUAAUAUAUAUACAGACUGUGAUGGAGAUGCUGUGGUUGUUAUUAAUGAUGAAAUUCAUAACAAGGCUGUCAUAACUAAAGUCAACAAUACUAGUUCUAAAGCACAAGAAUAUGAGAAUCAGACCUUUAUAGAUCGUAGGAGUCAUAUAGAUAGUACUAGUAGUACAACCAGUACUGAAAUCAAACAAGCUCCAGAUAUUUAUACAGAUGUUAUCUCUCAAGACAAUAAAAAAGAGUUACUACUAGCUAGAAACAAAGUUCGUAAAAGUAGCCAUGUAUAUGAAAAUUCAGCUCUAAUUCCCCGUAACAACAGAGGGCUGUGUUAUGAAAAUUUAGAUUCAGAUUUUACAGUAAGAAAGAAAGAAGUUCAGAAACCUGUAAUGAGAUCUUCAGAUCCCGUUAAAAAGCAGGAAAGCAGCUUUCCAUCUUUACCACCAAGAAAUUAUUCAGAAGAAGAAGCCAAAGUUAAGACAGAUCAAGUAAAGUCUCGAGCUACACAACAAUUACCAGAAAAAAACAAUCGUCAGCCAGGACCAAAUACAUCGCAUAUAGUAGUGCCUGGUCAUGGGACUGGUCCUAGAGUUCACAGAGUGCAACCUGACCAUGUCUCUGACCCCCGCUUAGUGUCUGGUUAUGGGACUGGUCCUAGAGUUCACAGGAUGCCACCUGGCCAUCAGGACCCCUACCUUCACUCAGUUCCUGUAGAUCGUCACAGACAUGAUCAACCAAAACAUCCACUUCAUCCACAAGCUCAUUAUCAACAAAAUCCAAUGAUUUCACAUCCAGGUGGUGGUGGUGUUGGAGUUCAUAGAACUGUUAUUACUGUUAAUAAUCAUCAUCCUCCACAACCGUCUGGUGGUAUAAGGUUUAAAAUGGGACGUAAAGAAAUAGCCAUUCCAAUCGUACAACAAGUGACAUAUAACGCUGAUCCUAAUUAUAACCGUCAGUUCCGUGGAAAUAAUAUUGGUUACAAUCAAAGAAUGAAGCAUCCUAAUCCUCUUAGAUAUCCUGAUACAUUCUAUGUAAGAAGAAAUUAAGUGAAUAUUUAAACACAGAUAUAAUAUUGUCUUUAAAUCAUAGAAAUAUACACAGAAAAUGAGAGCUAUUAUCCAUGACAUUACUGGUUCAUAUUACAAGAAAUGAUAAUUCUGUUACAUUUUUAUGGUUUAAUAUUGUAGUAAAUAUUACUUAUUUCAACAGAAAUAUUUGAAUUUUUCAUAUAAAUUAGGUUUAAGAAGUAGAAAACUAAGAUAUCUAAGUCUAAAACAUUUGUAGUAAACCCCAAAAAUUUAAUCUCAGCACCACUACUUUUGACAUUAUAUAUCACUUCAGAAAAUUUCAAACUAAACUGUAGCCUACUCAGGACUGCAUGACAGAUUUCAAUUUAAGCCAAAUUUAGUAGAGACAUUGAUUAGAAGAUGCUGAUUCAAGUUUAUUCAAAUUAAUUUGAUUAGCUCACUAGAAGUGGUGGAGUGCCUUUAAAGAGUCAGAUUUAAAUUGAAACAAUACCUGUACAAGUUGCUGUAAAAUUACAGAGGGAGAUUAGACCGACAAUGUAGACAUUUUCUCCAAAUGAUAUUUGGAUAGAAUUUAACUACCUACCUGUUGAAUUAUUUGUGUUUAUUUCUAUGAUUGUAUUAUAUAACUACUUUAACUGCAGAUCUCAUUUAUUUAACACAUUCCAUUUAUUUCGUUCUCAAACUUUAAAAUAGGUGAUAACUGAUGAUAAGCUCUGGUUAAAUGAGACAGGCCCUAAUUUAAGAUAUGGCACAAAAUGUAAAAAAAAAUUUAUUUUUUUGCCAGUUUUAAGUUUCCAGCAUAUUAGUCUUAAAAAAAAUGACUGUUUUUAACUUUCCAAAGCUCAAAACGUCACAGAAAUUAUAUUGCUGUCUUUGGUGGUCAUUAAGUCAGUCUUGUUCUGAUUUAGUAAUUUUCAGUCAAUUUUUUGUAAAAAUGUUAUUAUGAAGAAUACCAGCUUCAAAGCUGAAUAUCUAAUAUACAUGCAUUACAUACAAAUAUAAAGGUCUUGGAAUACAGGACUUUAAUUGAUGCAUAUUCCCUAACUCUGUGUCUCAUUUAACCAGAUAUUGAAGCCUACUGUGUAUAUAUCACUUCUGAUUAACAAUAAUAAUUUAAUUGCACCAUAAAAUAAAGAAAAAGAGGGGAGAUCAAGAAGACAAAGUAAAUGAGUGUCAAGUUUCAGAAUGGAUUCCUCUCUUUUGGCUAACCCAUACACCAGAACUCAAAGCCUUUUAUAUUGUUAUUUGUGUAGGCCUUUCUUGAUUUGUGUACUGUAAAGCAAACACAUUUACCAUUACUUUAAGUGGGCUACUGUUAAGCAUAAAAAAAUAUCAUUAAUGAGUGUACUAUUAAGCAAAGGAAAUUAUUAUCAUUAAUUUGUGUACUGUUAACCAAAGGAAAUUAUUAUCAUUAAUUUGUGUACUGUUUAUAUAACCAAAGGAAGUUAUUAUCAUUAAUUUGUGUACUGUUAACCAAAGGAAGUUAUUAUCAUCAAUUUGUGUAAUGUUAAGUAAAAGAAAUAACUGGUAAUUUGUGUACUGUUAUUUAAAAGAAAUUAUUGGUAAUUUGUGUACUGUUAAACAAAAGCAAAUUUAAACAAAAGAAACUGUUAAAACAAUAGAAAUUACCGGUAUGGUAAUUUGGCCACAUUAAGAUUCUAAAUGAUUAUUUAUUCUGAGGUGAUACUUCAUAAUAGCAUAUGGACCUUAUUAUAAGGUCCAUAAUAAUAGUUAUGGAUUAUCAUGCAUGUUUGUGUUAUAUUUUAUGUUUGUAUUUAUCUGUGAUGAUUAAUAAUCUAGCUUUAGAGUGUUAACAAUGUGAUAAUUUACAACCAGAGUAGGGUGGCCACAUGAUGUAUUUUAUGUACCAGUAUUUGAUAUAGAGCACUAUAAUAUUGUCUAAUAAGGUAAGUAGAGGCAAAGGAAAAUCAAUCAAGGCUUACUAUGAAAAUUAGAUAUCUAUACUUGGAUUUAAUCCAAAAAUAAAAUUCCAUAAUACUAAUAAAAUGUAUAGAGAUUAAGGUAAAAUAAAUGGUGAAUUUGGAUCCUCUAUAUUAUUAUUAGAGCAUAUUUAUAGUGUGCCCUUUCACUAUUAAAUAAAUGUGUUUUAAGUUGUUUUUUAAAAGAACGUAGAGAUGUACAACAUCUUAAACUAAAUGGUAGAUUAUUCCAUAAAACAGGUCCUUGAAAACUAACAGAGUGUUGACCAUAAGAGACUAGUUGAACAGUUUUAGGCUUUAAAAGUAGUUUAUGUACGUAAUGUCCGGCCAAGUAUAUAAAGUUCCAGAAGAUCUGAGAGGUAAACAGGAGCUAAAUUAUUUAAACAUUUAAAAAUAAGUAAUAAAAUCUUAAAAUCAGUUUGGUAUUUAACAGGUAACCAGUCUAAAUUAUUUAAAACAGAUGUGUUCACAUUUCUUUGUUAAAGUAACUUGUCUAGCUACAGUAUUCUGCACUUUUUGUUAUUUAUCUAAAAGCUUUUAAGGUAAACCAACUAAAGGUGAAUAAAAGUUAUCUAAUCGAGAAGUGAAAAGAGAAUUAACAAGUGACUAAGUAGUCUCUACAGUUACAAAUUUAGUAUUUUACCUAUAUUUCUGAUAUCAAAAUAGCACAAUUUACAAAUACUAUUUACUAGAGCUCCCAUAAGCAAUAUUACGGGUAGAAUAAUAUGAAAAUACAUCACAAUUACCAAUUAAAACAGGGGGGUUAUCAUGUAUAAAUUUACAUAAAGAUACUUUAUGGAAGAUUAGAUAAAGAGCUGGUAGUUCUCACUACAAUAGUUAAAAACUAGAUAAUGUAAAGGAAAUUUGCAGAAAAUCUCAGUCAAAUUGAUCCGCCCUGAACCAAGUAUUAGUGAUCGAAUUUUGAACCUAGCCUUGAUCAUCAUUACUAAAGUUGGUACGAUAAAAAACAUAGUCUCCAUUAUCCAUUUUUUGAUUUAAUUAGAAGCAGCAGACAGGGGUUCUAAUCCAGUAAAGAAUUGGCAGAAUUAGCUCUUGCAUAAUGUAUGUUUAAUUGAUGCCUUGAGCCUAAUAUCAAAUAUUCAGUUUUAUCAUCAUUCAAUUUUAGAAAUUUCUUUGACAUCCAUUUUCUAAUUUCACUAAUAGAGUUCUCAAGUUGCAAUCUUGAUAAAUUGAAAGAAGAUGGACAAUUAGGUGUAGAUGAAAUAUAUAAUUUAGUAUCAUCGGCAUACAAAUGAAAGCUGAGUCCAUAUUUUCUGACAACAUCACCUAAUAGUGACGUAUAAAGGGUAAAUAAAAUCGGACCAAGAACAGAACCUUGGGAAACCCCAGAUGACAAAACAGAUUCAGAAAAUAUUGGUAAAAACUGGAAUAACUUUGUCUAGAUGGUCCUUAAGAACAGGAGUCGGAACACGAUCUAAUGAACAAGAUUCGGGAGCAGACGAUUUAAUAAGCUUUAAAAUAAAAGAUUCACUAACCAAGUUAAAAUUUUCUAAAUAAACAGAAUUUUCUAACAUACAAAAUCAUGAGGUUAGCUCUGCCUGAACUAAGUCCUCUGUUCAUAAUUCUUAGUCUCAGAUAAUCAAAAACUUGUAUUUUCUAUCAAGAACACUACAAUAAUUUAUGUACAUGGACUUUUGUCUUUCUGAUUUCUUGUUGGACAUAAUCUUGUACAUAUUUUUUAACACACCUACAAGAAAUCAGAUGUUUACUAAUUACCAAUAAAAAUAAGUUAUUUGUCUCUUUAAUUUGCUAACUUUGAUAACCUUUAUUACAUAGAGGGGCAUUUCCUGAUUUCACAGGACACUGUUAAUAAAGAUGGAUAUUCAUAUACAAACAGGACACCAAAACGUGAAGAAAUAGCCCUGUCUGGAAUCAAAUUAAUGGAUCAUGGUAUGAAAUGCUAAUUUGUAUAAUUUUAUCAAUAGACAAAACAGAUCAUCACUGUUAGUUUAUUGUUUUGACCUGCUAGUAUUAUGACUGCUCAUCACAUUAAUUAAUUAAUCCCUGCUAUUAUUAUGAUUGCCCACACCAAUAUUUGUUUCACAGUUUAUGUGUUUUAUUAUUUUAGGCCUGUUUAAAGUGAAUAAUGAAAUAUAUAUUUUUGUCUCUCUGUCUAGGCAAAAAUAUGAUAUAUAUGAACUAAAAUAUAGGAAAUGUUUUAGGAUUCAAAACUGUGGUACUAAGAGAUGGUGCCUCUUUAAAGAAUUAUAUUUGUUUGAUUUAUUCUAUUUACUGAUUUACUUUAACCUUCCCACUAUAUGGAAUACAAAAUGUAAUUUUACUCAUAGUACAAAUGCGACAGUCUUUAUUUAAUAUAAAAAGUAUGUUGUACUAACCUACCAAAUGAAAUUAUUAAAUUGUUGAUUAAUCACAGCCUUGUUCUCAUCAAUGUUCUAAUAAUUAAGUCAGCGAAAUUUUAUGAAGAUUGCCCUGUUGGCAGUUGAAAUAUAAAAGAAAACUUGCAAUUUGUAAUCCAUGCAGUGAGAAUAAUAAUUUCCUAUUGUUAUUUUAUAAAUGUAUAUGCAAUAUUGAUGGAGUGUACCUUAUUAUUGUAUGAGAUCUAAGCUUUAUACAUUAAAAAUGUUUAUAUUUUAUAUAAAUUAAAUGAA